AUGAGGCUUCGUGAAACCGUCCGUCUCCCUGAACGCCUUCACCAAGACCAUGUCUACCUCCCGCUCUCUCAAAAGCCAUUGCGAAAGCCGAAGAAUGACAAGCCACGCUUCUCUGAAUUUAACCCGAAUCUUCCCCCUGCUGCAUUUCCGACGCUCAAUAGCCCACGGGCCGAAGACAACGAGAGAAACCAGACCAACGAUGACCGGACAACUGCGAGAAAGAGCUUAGAAGCCAUACGCCAAUUGACAAAUCCCGGAGACCAGAAGGAUGCUGCCGCGAGGGACGAGUUUGAGGAUAUGCCUAUGAAUGUACUGGAGAACCAUAUGGCGAGCAAUGGAGAGAUGAACCCGAUCUAUGUGAGCAAUAUGGCCAAGAUGGCGGCUGUGGGUCAGGAAUUGUCUGCUGCGGAUGGCAUGGAAGAUAGUGAUGCGGAUGAGGCUAUGGCUGGGUCAUCUGAGUCUUCCACGGCAGACAGCCGAAGCCCAACCUGGGCCGACCUCUCUCGCCGAAUGCAAACGGAAAUCUUCAGCAAUCUGCUCGAGCGUCACACCUGGUCCAAGGUCAACCAUAUGCUCGGUCUAACAGAAGAAGAGUGCGAGACCAAUGAGGACCUCCUUUGCUGCCGUUCCCAACAGAUCAGAUUCGAAGACGCCGAGUUGAGCGCAAUGAGAGCUAAGCAGCUCAAGGACUUACUGAAGCUGGAUAACAGUGCCCAGAGCCGAGACUACCCGUACCUACUCCUGUUCCGCAAGGCAUCUCGUCAGACGUUCUCCAUUGUGAGGCGAGCCAUGGAGACGGGCUUUGACUUUCUUUGUUGCGAGGGGACCGAACUCACUGCUGCAAGAAGGUUUCUACGUGCCCGUGGGAUAGACGCCAAGUUUGCCGGUGAUUGGGGAAAUGAUAUUGUCCUUGUUCAAGCUGAUGAGGAAGAAGGAUCGGUCCAUGAGGCGAUUGAGCUCAGCUCUAGCCCUAUCUUACUUUCCGAGGACGCAGAGCUAUCUACUGCGCAAGACAAGCCAACUAUUACGCUGCCCAAUGUGCAAGGGGCCUUGUUACGCUGGUUCGGAAGCUCAGCUGAAGGAGCGAAAGUGACUUAUGCCCGGUCUAACGGUGAUCCCAAUUCCAGCAAGCAAUUUCUAACUCUCUGUUUCAAGAACCCGGUCGGAUAUGAUAACAUCCAUGGCCGAAAACGAAAGAGGGAAGACCAAGGACAGCCUCAACGGGACGAAACUCUCUCCGCUCCAGCAACGAGCUUCUACCUCAGACCCCCUCCUCCGCAUCACUACGUCUCUGCGAGUGUUGGCGAAAGGCUCGCGCGGCUGCACGGGGCCACCCACAGAGCGAAUUCAGCUUCGUGCUUCCCUCUAACAGAAAACAACACCAACCGUCUGAACCCAGAGCCGGGAUCCUCUCCUCAAGAGCCAUCGUCGUUCUUCCUAGAGGUGAUCAGCGAGAUAAUAACAGCGAGAAAUGGAAAUACUACAUACACGCCGGAACACCGAGCAAGCCCCCCGGAAAGUAGCACCGCCAACUACGGUUCUGAAUUCAUGGGCCUGGUCAAAACCCCAGUCUUCAUCGGUCUAUCGCCGUCGCCAGCGCCCUCGAGAGCUGACUCGCUAACAGACUCGGAUGAAUUAUUCGAGUUCUCGAAUCUCGGCUCGCCAGAGACGGAUGCUACGAGUCCAGAGACUUCAACAACUGCAAGUGUUUCCAUGAGUCUGGCAGAAUGUGAGACCUUCCCAUCCAGUAGGUCAUCUGACGUGUAUGAUGGUAGUUGGCUGGAUGAAGGAGACAAUGUGAUGCCUGGGGACGAGAUGGUACUUCUUCCAACUGAGUUUAAAUCAGCAUGUUAG